AUGUCUAAUAUCUCACAAGCUGAAAAUGAAAGACCUAGUGUUUAUUCUGUUGCCGGGAUAGUAUUAAACAUUCUUUCGGCCAUAAAGAAUAAUAGCAUCGAUGCGGUAAACGAAAUUGACGUGACAACGAAUGAGGUGGAAUUUAAUAGUGAUAAAUUUCUUGAAGAUACAGCAGUUGAGCAAACGCUUUGUGCCAUAUGGGAUUUAUCAAGUUUGGAAGAAUACGCAAAUAUACUUGUGAACGAAUGUCAAAUUCACCGUAUAAUGUUAAAGUUAAUCACAUCGACAGCACGCAAUAGAACCAAAGAAUUGUCGUUAGGUGUCCUGGCUAAUUUGGCUUGUUUUCCUGAUAAAGCAAUGAUUUUAAUUGGGGAUAUGGAUUUGCUUAAUAUCAUCCAAGUCAUUAUCAAGGAUGAUGAAAAUGAAGAUGAUGUACGUGUUUUAUUCGAAGCUUCUAGGAAGUUAUUUAUAGCAAUCAUUAAUCUAAUGAAUAUAUUGCUUGAAACUGGAUUGAUACCACCCGACGUAUUUGAGAGGAACCAUGGAACUUUAUAUCAAUUACAACAUCGAACCAAAGAUGAAUAUUCCGACGAGGACGGGGAUGAUGAUGAAAUACUCAAUCUGAUUGAAACAUUUAAGAAUAAAAUAGAAUUAUCUAAAAAAAGAUGA